GCUGCUUACACCAGUGAUGUUGGGACCCUGUGCUGCAGUGUGGAUUUGCUGCCUCUGAAUUUAUCAUUACAGAAUGGGGUGACCCUGACGGCCAGGAUGGACCGAGGUUCCUCCUUACCCACUAUGUUGGAGCAGAAGAUUUACCCCUAUGAGUUACUGAAGGCAUGCAGCAGCAGAAGCAUCAACUUGCCUCAGGGAGUGGACAGGCCACAACUGGAGAGGCACCUGUCUCCCGAGGAGUUCCAAGAGGUUUUUGGGAUGACCAUAAAGGAAUUUGAUAAGUUGCCCCAGUGGAGGAGGACUGAGCUGAAGAAGAAGGCUUGCCUCUUUUAACGUGAAAGGGGAAUCCUUCCAGAAACUCUCCCGAUGAGACUCUUUCUCUUUACAGGUGGCUGACUUCCUCUCUGCUGGAUGUUAUCCCUACAAUGUAUCACUAGCAACAGUAAUUGCCUAACUUUUAAUUUUUUUCUCAUUUUUUUCCCUUCUAUUUUAUGAAAUCCACUCUUAAUAUCCUGGAGUGGAACACAGGUGAUCUUAUGGUUUAAAUUGAGUGUGCUCACUGCUCCCACUGAAUCACAGGGCAGAAAUGCUACCACUUUAACAACUGACAAAUCUGCUUAUAGUUCUGGAGCCUCUUCAUACAUAGACAAUGCCAAAUAGUUUAUUAUCUCAGAUGUUGCUCUGUGAUUGCAGAGUAGUUUCACAUGUGAUCAGCACAGCAUUCAUUGUGGCCUUUCUGGUGAGGCCAGCUAAAUCGUCAGCUUCUGUUCCAAUGCUUUGUCAGUAGCAUUUCCCUUUAAUAAAGAACGGGGCAUGAGACCCCACUGGGUGCCCUGCACAUUCCCUUGCCUUAUCAUCGCCAUUCAUCCCCAGAUCUAGAAUAAAUCCGUUUCUUCUUCCAAAUGUUCUCUGUAUUCUUCAUUAAAAUUUCUGGGAUAAGAUAGCUUAAAAAAAACAUUAAACCUGCGGCAACAUCUUUCAAUGCAGUGGCUAGCACAACACAAUAAGGCACCGUGCAGAAUUACUACUGGUAGAUACAAGUUGGCCCAAGUCCUGAUCUAAUCUAUAUUCUCUGUGCUGUCAGAACCUGGCAUGCAGUUAGCUGUAUGUAAAUGGAAGAGUGCGGUAUAUACUCUGUACAGGGUGACUGAAAUCUCUCUGUUACUGGCACUGGAAUGCAAAAUAAUACAUUUUCUGCAAACACAAAGAAGGCAGAUGUUAGACUGGAGUGAAGAGGUGCUAGCGGAACCCAGUAAGUUAAGCAACAUGAAUGGAGUGGAAUGAACGUUGACGUUUCGAGCCGAGACUCUUCAUCAGGACUGGGAAGGAAGAGGGCAGAA